UCACUAUGGUAACAGAACUGUAUAUAACGGACUGCGUGCAGGCAUGUGUUUCAGGUUCUCUUACAUCGACCCCCUAAGAGUCGCGCUGUAAGAAGGCAUCCUUCUUCUCCUCCCUCCUCUCGCCCUCUUCUCUGCUCCUCAAACUCAGUAAACAUGCGUGAGUGCAUCUCUAUCCACGUUGGUCAGGCUGGUGUGCAGAUCGGCAAUGCCUGCUGGGAGCUGUACUGUCUGGAACAUGGCAUUCAGCCUGAUGGGCAGAUGCCCAGUGACAAAACCAUUGGAGGAGGUGACGAUUCCUUCAACACAUUCUUCAGCGAGACUGGAGCUGGGAAACACGUCCCUAGGGCUGUGUUUGUAGAUCUGGAGCCAACUGUCAUUGAUGAGGUUCGUACUGGUACAUACCGUCAGCUGUUCCAUCCAGAACAACUUAUCACUGGGAAGGAAGAUGCUGCCAACAAUUAUGCCCGUGGACACUACACAAUUGGCAAGGAAAUCAUUGACUUGGUGCUGGACAGGAUCCGUAAGCUGGCUGACCAGUGCACCGGUCUUCAGGGUUUCCUGGUCUUCCACAGCUUUGGUGGGGGUACUGGUUCUGGCUUCACCUCCCUGCUGAUGGAACGUCUAUCAGUUGACUAUGGAAAGAAAUCCAAGCUGGAGUUCUCAAUCUAUCCAGCCCCCCAGGUCUCCACAGCUGUGGUUGAGCCCUACAACUCCAUCCUAACCACCCACACCACCUUGGAGCACUCAGACUGUGCCUUCAUGGUAGACAAUGAGGCCAUCUAUGACAUCUGUCGUAGAAACCUUGAUAUUGAGCGUCCCACCUACACCAACCUUAACAGGCUCAUAGGUCAGAUAGUGUCCUCUAUUACAGCCUCUCUCAGAUUUGAUGGUGCACUGAAUGUUGAUCUUACUGAAUUCCAGACCAACUUGGUGCCCUAUCCCCGUAUUCACUUCCCUCUGGCUACAUAUGCCCCAGUUAUCUCAGCAGAGAAGGCUUACCAUGAGCAGCUCUCUGUUGCUGAGAUUACAAACGCCUGCUUUGAGCCAGCUAACCAGAUGGUGAAAUGUGACCCACGUCACGGUAAAUACAUGGCUUGCUGCCUGCUGUACCGUGGUGAUGUGGUUCCUAAAGAUGUUAACGCCGCUAUUGCCACCAUUAAGACAAAGCGUACUAUCCAAUUUGUAGACUGGUGUCCAACUGGUUUCAAAGUAGGCAUUAACUAUCAGCCCCCAACUGUGGUUCCAGGUGGUGACCUGGCCAAGGUCCAGCGUGCUGUGUGCAUGUUGAGCAACACCACUGCAAUUGCUGAGGCCUGGGCCAGACUGGACCACAAGUUUGACCUUAUGUAUGCCAAGCGUGCCUUCGUUCACUGGUAUGUGGGUGAGGGUAUGGAGGAGGGAGAGUUCUCUGAGGCCCGUGAAGACAUGGCUGCCCUGGAGAAGGAUUAUGAGGAGGUUGGUGUAGAUUCUGUGGAAGGAGAUGGCGAAGAGGAGGGUGAGGAAUACUAGAUGUCAAAAACGGUGCUGCUUUUCGCAGGGAACAAAAUACCAUCUAACAAAAAUGAUGACAAAUAUUGUUGUACAACCAGUUUGUUUAAAUGUAGCAACUUAAUUGCCGUUUAUUUUUGCUUCAUUUUAACUGGUUUGCUUCAAACAUUUGAACUUAUUUUGACAGAUCCAAUCAGUAAAUUUCUGUAAUGGGUUUGCCAAUAAAACAUUCCCUGUCUUACGUA